AUGUCAGCUGUAACCAACCAGCCCCUUCCUUACGGUCGACUUGAACGAGAGAAGCACAUCCAGAUGAUCUUCAAAGCUUUCAAGAACCACUGUGAACCUUCGUGUGAGUGCCAGAACCAAACAUCUGGACAGAAAUUAUGCCACACACCUCCAAACUGGGAAGGUGAAGGGCGGCAGAGAGAGAUCGAGAUCAGCUGCAAACGCCCCCCUCAGAAGAGGCUGGAGGAGGAGGAGCAGAUUCUGGGAGACGCGGCGGGAUUGCACUUCAUAUCUGCACUGGAGACUAUUAGCCAGAUUCAGAUUACUGCUAGACCAGAGCUGCAAGGUCCCCAGUGUGUUUCCAGGAGGAUCUACAGCAUCACCGCAGGAGGCAGCAGGUCACCGCUGUCUGUGGCUGUGGAGGAAAGCUCCUGUGUGUGCCUCCAGUGCUGCGGUCCAGCCCGGGCUUGUUCCCUCCAAGGCUUUGACUGUCAGGGACAGCAGGUCUUUUACUUUGAAAGGCCCCUCAGGGUGGACUCUUGCUGCCUUGGCUGCUGCCUGAUGGAGAUCAGAGCCUACACACCUCAAAAGCGUCUCAUCGGCUCUGUACGUCAGAGGUGGAGCAUGUUCACCCCUCUCCUGGAAGUGUGCGAUUCAGAGGGAUCAUCCACAAUCAGAAUUGAGGGCUCCUGCUGCCCGUCCCGGUGCUUCUCCAACCAGCAAUUCCAGAUCUUCUCCAAUAUGGGUCAGCAAACAGGCAUGAUAUGGAAGAAAUGGCCUGGCUUCAAUGAAGAGUGUAACAUGGAUCAUGAAUUCUUUGGUCUGGAGGUGCCACUGGGUUUAGAGUCACACACCAAACUCCUGCUUCUAGCAGCCACUUUCUUGUUGAAUCACAUGUUCUUUGAGAUGAGCUGAUGAGUGCAAAGGGCGUUUCACAGAACAAGAGACCCCACCAUGUGUGCCAGGCUCCUGCUGCCAACUAAUGUGGACUAUGGGAUUGUAAUAAUAGAAAAAAAGGGGAUAUUCUUCAUGAAGUCUAUUCUGCUUCAGCUACAUUAAUGAAAGUACACAGCCAUUUUUUAGCAGCAGAUGCAAAUAUAACAUUUAUUGCUAUAAUCCAUCAGGUGUACAUCCAACAGCGCUUCUUCACUUGACACAUACACCUGUUUCAUCAUCACACCAACAUUUUGGCGGCAUUACCGUUUGUCGAACGACCUUUUUCGCUCUUCUUCCAGAAAAAAAACAACACCCUCCAAUAUAAAAUCUGUAACAGACCCUUCCCCCGGGCCCAGUUUCAUUUCUUUAACCACAAAAUGAAAAUGGGGCGAAAGUUGGUGUCUGAAGACGCCAAUACACCUUUGCUGAAGACAAUGAAGCAAAGUCCUUUCCGUGGCCAUUUGGACUUAAGACGCAGCCUACAGAAGAAACACCUGGGACCGGUCAGGCGUGAGGCCAGGCACUGUGAUUUAGGCAGCUCGGAAGUUCAAUUUAAAGACGCUGCUCAUACAAGCAUCUGUCCAACACAGGAUGGUCUGGUGGGAUUCAACUUUCAGGUCAAAGGUGAAGAAUCAUUGCUGAUUCCAAUAAGUGAUCUCGAAGUGGACCAUAUUUACAAAUAAAUUGUACACAAUAGUAUCCAAGUUCAAAACUGACCAGAGGUAAUUAAAAUACAGCUUUGUAAUAAAAUAUUGUCUACCAGCAACCCUGUUUGAGUCCCACAAACUGAUUGGUACAGGCUUAUUUCAAGAGUAGGUGUGAUGUCAUGGUAGGCAAUAAAGUUACAUCUAGUUUUAUAUCAGACUGAUUUUGUUGCAUCUUGUCGAGUUGUUACCAACAGCAAAUGACCGAAUCCAGUAACACAGCCUCCCUCUGGUGGCAAGUAAACAGAUGUUACAACUUGCAUAAAAAAGACACACUGAAAAAAAGAAAAAUAAAGAAAAACAA